UGUUAUCCUGUGGAUAAUCCUGUGGACCCAGCCAGAGAAAUAAACGUUAUGGUAAGAACUUACCGUUGAUAACGUGAUUUCUCUUAUGUCCACAGGGAUCCCACCCGGACGCAUCUGAUUUGAGGAUCUAGACAAACACUAAAAACCUCUUCCUUCUUGUAUGGAAGGGUGUGCAUGUGUGUUCUUAUCGCCUGUACAGGUCUCUACCUAAUGUUCCUGCCUAUAAUCGCUGUGGAAAGAACUGAUCUGACUGAGUCAGUGGGCGGGACUAUAUAGUGGAGGCCCCAAUGCAUCCUGGGAGGCCAGAAAGCUCGUGACCGUGUUGGUGCCAUUUUCGCUGUCGCUCGACAAUAUCCCCAAUGUUAUCCUGUGGAUACCUGUGGACAUAAGAGAAAUCACGUUAUCAACGCUUUCCAGUGAGAUGGGGAAAAGCUGCAAGGUUGUACUGUGUGGGCAGCAUUCAGUAGGUAAAACCUCCAUCUUGGAGCAGCUGUUGUAUGGAAACCAUGUGGUUGGGUCAGACAUGAUAGAGACUCAGGAGGACAUAUACAUUGGGUCCAUUGAGACAGACCGUGGUGUACGAGAACAAGUUCGUUUUUAUGAUACACGAGGCCUGAGGGAUGGAACAGAGCUGCCCAAACACUGCUUCUCUGGCACAGACGGAUAUGUGCUAGUGUACAGCGUGGACAAUAAAGACUCUUUCAAACGGGUAGAGGCCUUGAAGAAAGAGAUUGACAGGUCCAAGGAUAAAAAGGAGGUCACCAUUGUUGUUUUGGGGAACAAGUAUGACCUUCAAGAGCAGAGACGCGUGGACCAUGAUGCCGCUCAGCAGUGGGCCAAGAGCGAGAAGGUGAAACUGUGGGAGGUGUCAGUUGGCGAGAGACGUACCCUGAUUGAGCCCUUUGUGUUCCUCGCUAGCAAAAUGACUCAGCCCCAGAACAAGUCCACCUUCCCACUAAGCCGGCGGAACAAGGGCAGUGGCUCGCUGGACAGCUAGAGUUGGAGGGGCAAAUGUUACACAGAGUGCUAAGCAUUUCCUCACUGCAUGAAGCGCUCACUUCCAGGCUUAUCCCCCUCUACUGGAGGUCACAUCAAGGACUUGCUGGAUAGUUACCUCAGCCAGAGCACAGACGUGCGCAAACAGAUACUGCUUUCCCACUUGUUGCACUGAACAUCCUAAAAUGGAUAUUUUAUUUUGAAGGAGUGAAUGUGAAAUGUCCCCCCUUUUAAAGCUUACUGUAUUAGAAAACCUAUUUUCUAUGUAGUCUUAUGGGCAUCUUUCAUGAGUUUUUUUUUUAUUAUUAUUUUUAAAUUCUAGUAAUUAGUUUCAUGUAUUUAAACAAAAUUGUUACAGAUGACUACUUAUUCAAGUGGUAGGUUUUAUUAAAAAAAUAAUAAAAAAAAAAUAAAAUAUAUAUAUAUACAUACAAAGGAAGCAAAAAAGACUGCGGCACUCGAAGACUU